CCCAAAACCCCUUUUUCUUUUCAAUUCCUAUAUAUACUUAAUCAAAAACCCUCAAUACUCCUCUUCGUCUUUCGCUACUCAUUUCUCUCCUAAAACCCUAACUAAUUUCUCAAUCCGAUUACAAUGGAAUUCUGGGGUGCUGAAGUUAAGGUGGGUGAAACUGUUAAGGUUGACCCAAGUGAAUUUGAGGCAUGCAUUCACCUUUCUCAGGCUGCACUCGGAGAGACAAAGAAAGACAAACCUAGUGAUCCUGUCGUUCUUUUCUUGAAAGUUGGUGAUAAAAAGCUUGUUUUGGGAACCCUAAUCAAGGAUAAAAUUCCCCAGACAUCCCUUGAAUUGGUCUUGGACAAAGAUUUUGAGCUUUCUCACAAUUCAAAAUCGGCUAGUGUCCAUUUCUGCGGAUACAAAGCAUAUUAUCCCGGUGAAGAUAGUGAUGAAGAUGACUUUACUGAUAGUGAAGAUGAUAUUCCCUUGGCUAAUGAAGAGAAUGGUAAACUCGAAACAAAAGUUGAAGGUUUAAAGGUAUCUGCAGCCAAAAAUGCUGUACCAGUUAAGAGCGGUGGACCUGCAAAACAAGUAAAGGUUGUUGAUCCAAAGAAAGACGAAGAUUCUGAUGAAGAUGAGGAAAUUGCAAGCUCUGAUGAAGAGAUGGAUGAUGCUGAUAGCGAUGAUGAUGAGGAGGAUGACAGUGAUGAAGAUGCUGAGGAAGAGACUCCUGUGAAGAAGGUGGACCAAGGAAAGAAGAGGCCCAACGAAUCUGCUUCAAAAACUCCGGUUUCUAAUAAGAAAUCAAAAAAUGCCACCCCUGAAAAGACUGAUGGCAAGAAAUCUGGACAUGCUGCUACUCCUCACCCUAAGAAAGGUGCAAAGACUCCCAACAGUGAAUCUAAGUCUCCCAAGUCUGGAGGACAUCUCUCUUGCAAAAGCUGCAGCAAGACUUUCAACUCCGAAACUGGACUCCUACAACACAGUAAGGCUAAGCAUGGUGGUCAGUGAGAUAUUGCUGUGUUUUGGUAAUUUGGUAGCUAUUUGUAUCUUUUUCGUGAGUAUGUUAAGGACAGUUUUGGAAUUUGCUAGAGGCAUUGAUUAUUGCGUAACGUUAUGCUGAGUAAAAUGUUACUGCAUUUCUGUAUGGAUUCUGUAUGGAAUGAAGUGAGAUUGUUUUGCCUAUUAUCAAUUUAAAAAGUUAAUUAUUAUUAA